AAUAUUAUUUCCAAUUAAAAAAACAAAAUCUCUGACAGACCCUAAUUAUCGAGAUUCUCCCUAAGACAGAUAAAUCUUCGUCUUUAUUCACUUAUAAAUAAAUCCUGAACCCAUUUACGACUAUUACAUAAUCGCUAUAAUCACCACUGCGCCAUGAACAUAACGAGCAUCGCCGGCGUCAAUAGCAUGAAGAAAAGGUCGUCACAAGGCCGGAAAAAGAUUGAAAUAAAGAAAAUAGAAGAAGAAAACAACCGUCAAGUCACCUUCUCCAAACGCCGUAAUGGUCUCUUCAAGAAAGCCGCCGAGCUUUGCAUCUUAACUGGAGCCCAUAUCACCAUGCUUGUCCACUCACCUGGUGGCCGGGUUUUCGCAUUCGGCCACCCCACCGUGGAUGACGUUGCCGACCGCUUCCUUAACAUCACCACCAAUAACGCAUCAACAUCAGAUGAAUCUACCACCCAAAAGGGACAACUUGAGAAAGAGUUCAACCAACACUACGUGGAGAUUUCAAAGGAGUUGGAAGCGGAGAAGAAGCUGAGAGAGGUGAUUCAGGAGUCGAAAAUCAUAAACGCCAGUGAAUUACCGUGGUACAGCGAAGGCGUUGAUGGGCUGGAGGUGGAGGAGUUGCAGCAGUACAUAUCAUCCUUGGUAGAGUUGAAGAGAAAGGUUUUAGUACGUGCGGAUGAACUGAUGAUGAUCAAGAAAGCUCCGGCGUUGCUUGGUCCGAACAUGUUGAGUAUUGCUCAGGCAAAUGACAUUGCGAAUAUGGAGAAUCCGACUAAUGGUACGGCGUCGUCUAGUUUUGGUUUUGCACAUAGUCAUAGUAGGGAGUGGAUGAUGUAACUAGUUAAUUAAGGUAGUUGUUUAACCAUCACUUUAAUUGUUUUGUCUUAACUGCGAUUGAGAUUGGAGUGGAUUGUUAAAAUGAUUUAUU